CACAUGGCUGUCAAUCAUUAGGGAAAGCCUGAGUGGGCGGGGCUGCCGGAGGUUAGCGACCGCGGCCUUAGCAACGGCUUGGGAGCAGAAGAGGCUACCGUUGGACAGCGGGCUGGACGGAGGCGGCCGGGGCUCCCGGCUGGGGGCGCCGGAAGGGGACAUGGCAUCCAACUGCAGCACAAGUUCAGACCAAUGGAAGCAAAAAGCAGCAAAAAUUGAACUAAAUGAAACUCAGAAACAAGAAAUAAAAGAGGCCUUUGAUUUAUUUGAUGUUGAUGGGUCUGGAACCAUAGGUGUAAAAGAAUUGAAGAUUGCUAUGCGGGCUUUGGGAUUUGAACCAAAGAAAGAAGAAGUUAAAAAACUGAUAGCUGAAAUUGACAAAGAACGAACCGGCACCAUUAGUUUUGAAGAUUUUUUUGCCAUGAUGAGUAUAAAAAUGAGUGAAAAAGAUGAAAAGGAAGAACUGCUGAAGGCUUUCAAAUUAUUUGAUGAUGAUGCUACUGGAACCAUAACAUUAAACAAUAUCAAGAGGGUUGCUGAGGAACUAGGGGAGACUUUAACAGAUGAUGAACUCCAGGAAAUGCUGGAUGAAGCUGAUCAUGAUAGGGAUGGAGGAAUAAAUGAGGACGAAUUUUUGAGAAUGAUGCAAAAGACCAGUAUUUAUUAAUACUGUUCUUGUUCCCUUUAAAAGUUAACUAAUUUGUAUUUGUUAUACAGCUCCAUAAUACAUAAAUAUUCACUUUCAAUUUGCAGUUUACAUGCACAAAUUGGUCUCUUGAUGUCUAAACCAUGUGAGAAGUUACAUGUUUCUCCAAAUAUGUUGUUAAAUCUACAGCAUCAAGAACAAAAUGUAAUGACUUCCUUGAACCAUGAAUCCAAGAACAGUAUCAAUUCCAACUGCUAUUUUUAGAACCUAGGGUCAAAAGACAUAAACUUUUUUAAGUUUAAUGAACUUGGCCACAUAUGCAAAGGCAUUUGUCAAUGAAGUCAUUACUUUCCCUAUUAUUUUGUGUGUGUGUCUGUAACCCUUCAAAAACUGUUAAAAAUUUUCUUUCUCGGCAGGAUAGUAUUAAAUAUAACUGUCUGGUAACCAUGUUAUUUGCUACUUUUCUUUCUAUAAAGAAAUUUAAAGUACUUGUAUCACUCAGACUUCCCUAUUGGUUUGACCCUAAAAGUUAGCAUUUAUUUAAUAUCUUAGGACAGGGAUUUUAGCUGUUAUCUAGUUAGUAUAUUACAACUUGUACGCUGAUAGCAUUAGCUCUGACUAUAUGAGAGACAAUGAAAGUUCAGAGAACUUAAAUUUAAAAAUUGCUCAGUUACCCACAGAUACUAAAUAAACACGGAUUCUAA